UGUCAGUGCCCCAGGGGAGCACAGAACGGGUGGGAUGCUCCUCCUCAGUCCUGUGGGGUUUCUCUUGCAGAGCUCACCCAUGACCUGGAAAUGAAAGAGCUGGAGGCGCGGCAGCAAGAUGUCCUGGACCGCGAGCUGGAGGAGAAGUGCCGGGCGAUGGAGGCGCAGCUGCAGGAGAAGGAGAAGGACAACCUGGAGCUGCGCAAGGAGCUGCAGCACAAGGAGACGCUGGUGGCUGCGCUGCGCUCCAGCCUCCGCAGCAAGGAGCGCCGCUUCCUGGAGGAGCUGAAGCGCCGGAGCCACCGCGUCACCAUCCUGGACACGGAGCUGCAGAAGCAGACGGAGGCGGCCGCCUACCUGUCCCUGCAGCUGCACGCCACGGCUCAGCGGCUGCCGGGGCCCCGGGCGAGCCCCCGGCCAUCCCCCGAGCAUCCCCCGCCGAACGAGAGCCGGCCCCGCCGCCGCGGCCACAGAGCUGCGGCCAGGAGGAGCAGGGACGCUCAGGACGAGCACGAUGCCAUGCCCGACCCGGCUCUGUUCCUGUACGCGGCCCCGCAGCGCUCCCCGCCCGAGCCCCCCGGCGCUCCCCGCGCCCCGGCCGGUGCCAGCGCCGCUCCCCGCGGGCACAGAUCGGCCCGGCAGCCCCCGCUGGAGCCCCGGGCAGCCAAGGGCGAGCCCGGCAAGAGGCAGGGGCCUCCCCGCGCCCAGGAAUAGCGGCGAGGGGACGGCCCGAGCCCGGCGGCASCGGGGGCCGGCCCAGUUCCUUCCCCAGCCCCUCGGAGGGGAYGGAGCGGCCGAAAGCGGAGCCCUGCACGCCCCUCCCGCCCACCGGCAGCCAGGGAGAUCCCUGAGCCGAAUGGCCCGAGCCGAGGGUGYUACAGCAAUGCUGCAGGACAGGGAGCACCCGGCACCGGGCACCGGGCUGCGAACGGGACACCUCCGAGUGCCUGUUCAGAGCUUCUGAGGAAAGAGAGAAAGAUAGAAAAAGCAGCAUUUCUGAAAUGAGAUCAGACCUUCCUGCUGCUGCUGCUGCUGCCCUCAGUGGGUGCAGAUUGCUUUCCCUGGCCCGGGGUGCCUGGAGGUGUCUGUGCAGCAAAGCUCGGCACGGCAGGGUGAGCUCAGCCAGACCUGCAGCCCCGGCCAGUGCCAUCACCGGGCCCUGCAGAGGGCUCAGGACAUGGCCAGGAAUGUUCUCCAGGAUGCUGAACGGGGCUCAGGACAUCGCCAGGAAUGUUCUCUGGGAUGCAGGCAGAUGAAUGGGGCUCAGGACAUCACCAGGAAUGUUCUCCAGGAUGCAGCAGC